UUUCAUAGUUUAGUAACCUCUUAAGCUUGUUAGUGUCAAUACUACCAGUGUGUGGGGCCGUCUGAUCAGUGUGCCGACAAUGGCGUGGACUGUGCUUUUAUUGUGGACAAUAUGUGUGUGUUUGACUUAUGGCCAGCAAGAUUCCUACUCCAGUCUCAUGGAGGGAUUACAUAAUCUGCCAGAACGAGCGGCACAAACGCAACUUCUACAGUCGCAGAUAAUGAAUUCGGAUUACACAAAGCCCGGAGUUCGUCUGUAUUCAAUGACCUCGAUGUUGUCCCCAUUGAAAAGGGACAGUUUUCUGUCGUCUCUCGAAGCCGCACUCCCCCUCCUCAGGGCAAAUAUAACCCAGUACAAUGUUUCCGAGACAUGCCUAAACCACACCGAAAAAUUCGUGAUUGGGUUGGUGGAGCGACAGAUGUGGAGUUUCAGAAUGUUGGAUGCUGUAGGCAAGCCUCCUAGUGCUCUUUUGAAUUUCAACCUGAACUGGUUUGGAUCGUAUGAAGAGUGUAAAAAUAUUACAAUCCCAGCAUUCCGAGGGAAAUACUGCUCUGUCAACUUUCCGCUGGUUAAAUCUAAUGGCAGUGCACAAGACACUCCUGUUGCCAUGGGAAUGGGUAUACUCCCAGGUGUCAACAUUGGAGUGUGUGUGCCUGACAGCUGUAGUGGAGAGGAUGUUUCCAACCUCAUUAACACAGUGUUUUCUGUGACCCUUGAUACGAUAGAUACUGGAAGUUUGACCCUGGAUGCUGGCAAAUCAAUAUGUCAGGAAAAUGAACUGGAGCUUGAUACAAAAGCCAUUGUAGUAUUGGUGAUAGCCAGCCUGUUCCUGGCCCUGAUGGUCAUAGCUACACUGUACGACCUGGUGUGUAUACAAUGGCCAACGGACAAGCUCCAGGAAUAUGAGACAAUCACAAAUGGUGGUGCAACCUUCACCCACAAGAUAAAGGGUGACGAGGGAGAGACACAGCCCCUUCUAGGGGCCCCUGAUGUAGAGAGCAUAAAGGCACCAGGAAUGCUUGGUCAGGCCCUGUUGGCCUUUUCAAUUUACUCCAACGCCUGUAAGAUCCUGAAUACCCAUCAAGGAUCAGGCUCUAUCACAUGUAUGAACGGCGUACGCUUCCUUAGCAUGAGCUGGGUGCUUUUGGGCCACAGUUUUGCCUUUGGGUUAGGCAUGGGAGACAACCUGCUGACAUUUUUACCUGAGAUGGUAAAGACUUGGACAGCCCAUGUCAUAUUAAAUGCUCUUGUGUCUGUCGACUCAUUCUUCACUAUCAGUGGUCUACUCUUGUCCUACCUCGUCCUCAAGGAGAUGAAGAAAAAGAAUGGCAAACUAAACUGGGGCAUGUUUUACUUUCACCGAUUCUGGAGAUUGACCCCGCCAUACAUGUUGCUGAUGAUGGUCUACGUGCCCCUGUUUCGCUAUAUGUUUGAAGGCCCUAAGUGGAUGCAGGGUGGUUCAGAACAAAACUUUUGUGCUGACACUUGGUGGACAAAUCUAUUGUAUAUCAACAACUUCGUACGGGCAGACAAGAUGUGUAUGGGAUGGUCGUGGUACCUGGCAAAUGACAUGCAGUUCUAUGUGCUCAGUCCCCUGAUGCUUGUGCCUCUGUUUUUUGUUCCCACCAUUGGCCUGAUUGUGUGUUUGGUGUUCCUCCUGGCUGUACUGAUUACCGCUGGUGUGAUCUCCAGUGUUGAGGGUAUGCCUCCCACAUUGAUUGGAGGAGGAGGGACGCCAGCUGGUCUGCAGCACUACUUUAUGGACUACUACAUAGUGCCCUACUGUCGUAUGGGGACGUACGUUGUGGGCAUCAUUACUGGAUACAUCCUUUACAAGACAGAUUGCCGCUGUCGCAUCAACCGGUAUGUGAACUUGGUAUGUUGGUUGGUGGCAGCAGCAGUGGCUAUGUCCGUGGUGUACGGCCUGUAUGAUCCAGUAAAUGGCCACCCAUUGAGUAUAGAGGUGUCAGCAUUAUACAACACAACCAACAGGAUCGCCUGGGGAGCCAGUCUCUGCUGGGUGAUCUUUGCCUGCGCCACUGGUAAUGGAGGCUAUGUGAACACCCUGCUGUCCUGGAAGGCCUUCAUCCCUCUCAGUCGCCUGACUUACUGUGGCUAUCUGAUACACCCAAUCAUCAUGUUUGCAUUCUACUUUAGCCACCAAACACCCAUACACUUUGACAUUUUUACCAUGAUUAUGUACUACUUGGGAUUCCUGUGUCUAAGCUUCAUGGCUGCGUUUGUUAUCUCCCUUGCAUUUGAGGCCCCAUUUAUGGGUCUGGAAAAGGUCCUCUUCAAGCGCGAAAGAUCUGAGAAAAAAGGAGUGUAGAAUUUUUCAUGAGUUUGUAUUUUUAUGAAAUGUAAUUUUGUAUUUAAUUUGUGGUAAUGCACACUUGUUGGAAGCUUUUAACACGACCCCGAUUAGGGAGGUCAGCAUGGAUAUACGGUUGUUCAUCAGAGUACUGCUGGAUUUAACGUGGAAAUUUGAUGAUGAUUAACAAACCUCCUGCUAUCUAUUAGUCUGCUUUUUUUAUUAGUUUUACCUUUAAACUUGUAAGAAUGGAAUAUUUUAUACUGUUACAGUAUUUUAACCUGUGAAUUAAGUAUAUAAACAUUUUUAUUAUUUUUUACCAAUGAAGUGUAAUGGUGUAUAGUGCAAAUAAUGUUGAUAAUUUUUUGGGGUGAAAAAAGACAUUUUGGUGUCUUCCACAGGAAACUGAUCUUGUAAUCAGACAUUUAAUAUGAAAAUUAAUAAAAACAUCAUUUAAUGAGUAAUACGAUAAAAAGUCUGCCACAUCAGUAACAAUCAACAAUUUCACAAUUUGUUUGUCCCUUGUAAAAAUAGAGUAAUCCUUCCUGAUAAUCACUAACCCACUCAAUUAAAUAUCACUGCUAUUUAUCAGCGGGGAAAUCUCCUCUAACCCUAAGUUAAUGAUUUACAUCUCUAGACCUAAGACAAUGAUUUACGUUGUGAUCUAACUAUAUAGAUCUGACUUUUUGGAUUUCAUUGUCUCAUACUAGUUUAGUCUGUCUGCAAAUGUAAGAUUAUAUAUUAAUUUUUGUUAUGAAAAGUAACUGAUAUCUAGUGUAUAAGUAACUGAUAUCUAGUGUAUAAGGAGAAAAAAACUGUUGACAGCAUUUUCAUGUUUUUAUUGUGUUUUACAUUACUGCAACCCUUAACUCCUGUGAUCAGUAAGUAUACAUCUGUUUGUGGUCAACCCUUAACUCCUGUGAUCAGUAAGUAUACAUCUGUUUGUGGUCAACCCUUAACUCCUGUGAUCAGUAAGUAUACAUCUGUUUGUGGUCAACCCUUAACUCCUGUGAUCAGUAAGUAUACAUCUGUUUGUGGUCAACUCACAAAUUUUACCAUUGUUACAAUGAAUCCAGUGAUAAGUGAUUACCUGAGAAUGUAUUAGUAUUUUUCUAAAGUUGAUUGUUAACAUUUGAACAGGCUAGAAGAGAUUUAACAAUUUGAUCAGAAGGUGUGCCCAUAGAUUGUUUCUUAGUACUGUUUUCAUUAUUCUAGUAUAUAACCAAGAAGUAAAGCAAAUGAUUAUGAUGGACAUUUUCCAUUAGAAAUAUUUAUCAACAUUCCAGAUAUUGCUUGUAGUGUCAUUUAAAUGUAGGGAUGCCAUUUACUGUUAUAAUUUUGUGUCAUUAUAACCAUCCUUACAAUAUGAAACUCAGGAAACUGCUGCGUGAAAUUUCACGCAUAGAGUCUCAUUUACUUAACACCUUUUUUGACGGCUCUUUUAAAGAUGUUGUAGGUAGUAAAUGCACACUAGAGAAUAAAUGAGUAAAUUACCAGUGGCAUGGUAAUUAUGACCAACCUACCUUGUUUAAAGAUAUUUUUGAUAUAAAGUUACAUUUUAUUAGUGAUUGUUGAAGAUGUUGCUGUAUAUUUUUACAAUUAAGUUUUUGUAGGAGUUAUUUAUACAGUUUGUGAUUUAAAUGUGAUCCACAGUAUCAAUACAACAUCUGUGAUUCAGAAAUCUGUAGUAUACAUGUAUAUAUUCAGAAUAGCCGUUUAUAACAGGUUCACCAUUAUACAAUAUAUCAGAACAGUUUUAGUCAGUCCUCAUCUAUUCUAUAUAGUUUGCAGUGUUGUUGGUCCUACAUUCUGUAGUACAGUUUGAUUUGAAUUGCUACAUUUAGUAUUCAUCAGUGUACAGUGGACUUGGUCUAAGCUGGACACCACAGGGGCGACUUUAUUUAAGUUUACAAAGUGUUGCAUUGUAGAGUCUAACUGCUGUAGGUUGCCAAUUGAUGCAGUUUUGACAGAAACUUGGGGCAGGUUUGUGUAUCUCGACGAAAUGGUUUGUCCAUUUUCUAAAUGUAAUGUUUCAAAGUUAAAACUUGACAGAUCAUACCUGCAAAUGUUUCUGCAAAACUUGAAAGUCUGUUUCCAAGGAUCGCCAGAAAACAACAUACAGUAAAACUACUAGGUCUGCCCUUAUUUCAUAAAUGAACAACUCUGGUCCAAGCAUUUUAAAGGCAAUAUAAAGGAAAGCGGUCCUGGAUUUGACCGGAGUUAAGUUUGACAUUGUGCUGUAGUUGCAUAUUUUUGUUGUAUUUUUUUUUUUUUUCGUCGACAUUGGAUCCAUAUAAUAUAUUUUAUUCAUAAUAUUUG